UUUAGUCUUCAACUGAUCGCUCGCGCCGAUGAUUUAAUUUUUAAGUUAAAGCCUGCGCCCAGUGUAGCAGUCAGCAGCGUUACUCACAUCCAUACAUACGUGCGAAUAUACAUGCCUACAUAAUACGGCGUACAUCGAUAAAUAGAUAUACCCCGCAGAUAUAGUGUCUCGAUCGACAGCAACGAACCCAUGAAAACCUAAAUGACCGUAUGUGUAAGUGUGAGUAAUCCGAACAAUAAAACUACAGCGAGCGAUCUGCAUUAAAAGAGAGAAAAAUCACACAAAAAGAAAACGAACGAAAAUAAAGCGAACAAAAACUAAACGGAAUUGUAAUAAUUGACGAGCACAACGAGCCGAGAACAAGCAGCACAAAGCGACAAACCAAAAAUAGACGAUACCAACGGUGCGUAUACUUAACGAGCCACCCGCUCAUUGACUCAUCGCGCCCUCUCGCUCGCACAGCAGCCCCAAACAACAACAAUAGGCACUACAAUCAAUUGUGAUCACUGUGCGUAUAAGUGUAUCUGUGUGUCUUUGCAUUUGCCGCUGUAUCUGUAUCUGGAAGGCCGCAAUCCAUAACCAUCUAGUAUUCCUGCCUAUUCGGAAUAUUGGGGCGUGGAGGGCCGCUUUGAAAUAUUAAUUAUUUCUGGCACUUCUUAUGGCUCGACUUGGCGCAUGCCAAGCAUUAUUAAACGAGACACGAAAGAGCGUAUCUACGAAGUAGAUAAAUAUCUUUAUACGAACAACUAAGCUGCAGCACCACCAGCAAUCGAAUCGACGAAUAGCAACGCACAAACAAACCCAUCUAUAUACUUUAUAGAGAGAUAAACAAAAGCUCAAGCAGCAGCAGCAACAACGAAACAAUUUGGAAGAAAUAUUUUUGCACUAAAAGACCCGGCAAUCUGAAUCUGCAAAAAGGGAACAUAUCCCUCACAUCGUAUUAAGAAGAGAACUCAACUCGACAAAGGAAGUAAGGAAAAGAAGGAACGGAAACCAACUAUUGUGAUAUGUACAAAUUUACUCAAAUACUAAAGCCACAUAUUUAGACGAUUAUUCCACGGAAUCCCAGUUGUAAACCGAUUAACCGGAGGAUAAUCUACCAAAGAUUAGGCUUUCAUCUUCAAUUAAGUUUACCUAAAUAGAGCAGAGGCAGUACUCGAAAAUCAAAAGAUGGCCGAGAAAGUCGAACAAGCCCAGGCCAGCCUGAACGGCCAACAGAAUGAUCCCCGAAAGGUGCGCAAGUCACCUGAGUUUCAGCCCAUGAUGCCCGGCGUUAUCUCCCGGGAACGCAGCUUUGUGCGCACCUCGAAUCAACAGAAUAUCAACAAACGCCGAAGUCUGGCUUUCAACGUACCUGGCAAUCAGACGGGACAGAUGAGGGGCAAACCCGCUAUGGAUAUUUACAGACCUCCAAAUGUGCGCGGAGAGCUGGCUGCUCCAGCCGGUGGUGGCGGUGGUGAUGGUGCAAGUGGUGCUCCCGGUGGUGUCGCCAACAAGCUGAACGUCAAUGCCCAGGAGUUUACAAUGACAAGCAGCAACGGGGCACCGGCCGAGGCACUCAGCAAUCGUUCGUCGCUGAUCUUUCCGCCCACCAAUGGACCCGGAGUUGCUCCGGUUAUGGGUCAGUAUGGAAACGUGAAUCGCCGCCAGGCCGGAUUCUCCGUCGGCAGCAUGCCAGGUCUGAAGGCCAACCACCAUCGCUCGAUCUUGGUGACGCAUCCAAUCAGUGCCGGUGCCCUCGGCGGUCAGCUGCCCCUCUUGAACUCGCCCUCUAGUGGCAAUAUACUGCAUACAACUAAUCGUGUGAAGUUUGCUCCCGAGCCCAGAGGUCACAAAGUGGCCACCCAUAAUCAGUUUGGUCAGCUUAACAACAACUAUGGACAACCUUACCAAGCGAAUCUUAAUGGAAUCGAUCCAUACAUGAAUGGAAAUGCGCUGCAACGCUCCAAAUCUUUGUCUUCAGCGGAUGCCUUGACCAGGGGAAUGGCCGGAUUGGGCUUGGGUUUGGGCAACGAGGUGGCCGACAUUGGACAGUUCACCCCAGAGAUCCAGGCGCUGAUUGAGACGGCUUUGGAGGAUCCGAACAAACUGAAUUCACGGUGUCUGAUGGAACUGACAUCACAGUUCAUCAAGCGUGCGGUGGAGAGUCGCCGCUUCGCCCUACCAAUCUCUCGGCUAUGUCUGAACAUCAUCGCCCGGGAACAGAAGGAGACGUUCCUGGAGGCACUCCUCAACACAUGUCGUCAGUGGUACCAGGAGCGAGAAAAGCUGCUAUUUGCCAUUCAGGGCAUGAAGUCGCCAUCCCGUGUUCGUUUUACCGCCUUUAUGGCCUUCCUCACGGAGAUGUUUUGCCAACUGAAGCGCCGGCAAAUCCAACUGCGCACCCACCACGAGGGCACUCCUCCACCGUUGGUCCUGCUCAGUCUGCUGUCCAAGUGCUGCGAGGACUGCGUGCGCCCACCCAUAAGAUCUCUCUCAGAGGUUGAGUGCCUGUUCUAUGUGCUUACCUGUAUUGGCCAGGACAUGGAGCAGCAACUGCCACAGCAACUAGAGUUACUCAUGGGUCUCGUUCGCGAUGCCUUCCUCAAUGCCGGAGAAUCAGCGGCGUCCAUUCGGCGCACUCUUCUCCAGCUCAUCGAGCUAAAAGCCUCCCACUGGCAGCUGCCCGGCAAUACGGUUCUCUACUACACUCACACUAACAAUUAGAUCUUGAAACCCGAACAACAUCGGGACCUGGGACCAAGACGGGGAUUCGUGCACUGUGCAAUCAUCAAGACACCAUCAGUUUCUGUUGUCGCAUUGCAUUUAGGGCCUGGAAAACUUCUGUUCUAUUUAUCUUAUCAUACUCUUACCUAGGCAUAAGCAAUAUUUAUUUCGGCACCAGCAAUAGAGAGAAACUAACCCGAGACUUGCACACCAAGCCCAGAACCAAAUGAGAUCGGACGAUGCGAUCCGAUAUCUUCGGACUCUGCUAUAAUCUAAGGCUCAACUUUAAUGUGAAUCCAUAUAUUUAUGUGUAAUAAAUCACAGCUAGUCAAAAAGUGGAUAAAAAAA